CACCAAAUCGAAAGUAUCAAGAGGAAAUUGAGGACAACACGAACUGCGACCUUCUUUUAUCGUCUGUGAUUGAUACUCUAAAAAGUGGAAAAUAUUGAGCCUAUUUAAGAUAUCAUUGUUGUGGGUUCAGUUUUACAUACACUGUAACAGUUACUAAGUCAACAUGUCUAAAACUUCGGUGCUCAAGAUAAGUCGCGAGAAUAUAGUUAAGGUUGAGAACUUUCGCCAGUCACUCUAUCUACAGGCUGAGAAUCUGUUUUCAAACCACAUCCCUAAGAAGAUUGCACAACUGGACGACUUUCUCCAGGACGAACGCUUCUGCAUCACAGACCUCUCCUCUAUCCAUGCCCCCUUGGACAUUCCCAUCCCAGAUCCCCCAGUCCCAGAGGAGGAGGAGAUGGAGACUGAUAAAGAAGAUGAAAAGAAGAAGAAAAAGGCUCCAAAAUGUGGCUUCAUCAAGGGAAAUGAGAAAAUUGUGAAACUCCUGGACAUAGUAAAACCAGAGAUUGUGGUUUUGAAGGAGACCUGUAUCACAGUAUCCUGUUGGAUUCAGCACCUCAUUCCCAAAAUUGAAGAUGGAAAUGACUUUGGGGUUGCCAUUCAAGAAAAAAUUGUGGAAAGGAUAGCUGCUGUGAAGACCAAAGUGGAGGGAUUUCAGACUAACAUAAACAAAUACUUCUCAGAAAGGGGUGACGCAGUUGCCAAAGCCUCCAAAGAUACUCAUGUGAUGGACUACCGUGCUUUGGUCCAUGAGAAAGAUGAAGCCGUGUACUCUGAGAUCCGAGUGAUUAUCCUGGACAUCCGUGGCUUCUAUGCUGAACUGUAUGACAUCAUCAGCAAGAACCUGGAGAAAGUAACCAACCCAAAGGGAGAAGAGAAACCCUCCAUGUACUGAUUUUUGUUUAUGUUUAAGCUGGUAUUUUGCAUUACCAGUGCCUACAAUUCCAACAUAACUACAGUUUAGUUUUGUUCUCUAUUUCAAACCAAUAAAACACCCUUCAUACAGUGAAA